AUGCGCUUUGUCAACCCCCCCCGGCGCCCGCAUGCCUUUGAAGUGGACGCCAAGAUUUCUUUCCCCGUGAGCGAAUUUGCAUCUGACAAUUUUCUCGAGAAAGCGAGCGCCGCGGGAGACCCAUCGCUGGCGAGCUCCUGCCUCCAUCCAGGAGCAAUCCCUGCUUCCACCCGGCGGGAUGUUUGGUUCCGGAGCGGGUCCCCUCCGGUGCCCGUUGUGGGAGAGUGCGAGAAGAGCACCGGGAGCUCACGGAGAUUUUACAGAGUUUAUGGCAGCGGUCCAAGACCUUUCAACCUGUCGCAAUCAAGCUACAAAUCUACUUGCCAGAGGUUUGUUGAGAAAUUCAACGAACUGAAAGAAGAAGGAAAAAUUGAAGAGGAAAAAUUGUUUGAAGAAACAGGAAAAGCCCUUUUAGCCAGUGGGAUAAUUUUACAGAGAAGAGGAACAGAUAAAGCAGCACAACAGGAUCAUCAGGACGUUGAAACCAGGGAUUCUGUGUUACACCUGCAGCUCCAAACUGUGCUGGAAGAGAUACGGGAAAAGAAAAAAGAUGGGGAGGAGCAGACGCCAGAGUUGGCGGAAACGCAGAAGGAAGGUCCCUUACCCUCCUGAGAGCCGCGCUGCUGUCCCGUAACGCCCGGCUGUGCCCUGGCCCUGGCAAUCCCCUGCUCGGGGGCCGGCAUUUCUGCCUCCACGAUCUCAUGGUUCUGAGGUGUUUUCUCGGGGGGGAAUAUGCCCCGGUUUUCUGGCUCUGGUGCCUUCCGUGAUCGUGUGUGGGGCACGCACUCUCGUUCUUCCAUCUCCCCAUUUGUAAAAUUGGAGAUAGUCCCCUUUUUUGAGGUGCAAGAAUGUCAUCUCAAAUUGUGAGUUGGAAAAUAUGAGCAUAAAAGUGGAAAAUUAAACAUUUUCUUUAAAAAUUGGAA